GGAAAAGGGGUUGAUAAGCAGUCUUACUCUUACUCGGCUGGUUUGCUGACUGCAGCGAAUCUUCCCCUGCCCCUGACUCCAAGCCUUUUCCAGAAAAAUAAAAAUCCAAUCUUGCUCUCUGCUCGACUCUGUUUCGGCGGAGGUUUAUUUCUAAGAUCAAACUGAACUCCAACCCAACUUCAAUCGCGACUCAGAUAGAUAUACAGAGGUGUGAACGAGCAUGCCGGUUCGUGUUUUCCUCCUCUUCUCGGAGUUCUUAUUGUAUACUCUUGGAGCCACAGUUCAGUUUAGCCGCCGUGCAUUGUUUGCUGUUUAUAUACUGACAACAAUCUAGAGCCACAGGGAUGUAUUUGUUGAGCAGCGGUUGUUCGUCUGGUCUAGUAAUUCGUGGAGCAGACGGGCAUGUAGCUUUGGCAGUAGGGUUUCAGCACUCUGGCAUUACUGAUCCCUACCUAGCAGAGCUUCUUGCUGCCAGAGACGCCAUUUCCCUGUUGGUCUCCAAGUCUCUACCUCGUGUCAUCAUCGAAGGAGACUCUGAAGUGGCGGUUCGUCAGCUUCGUCAGGGUGAUUCUUCUGAUUCCUUAGGAGGACCAGUGCUUCGGAAUUGCUUCCUUCUCCUUGCUUCUGCUUCUGUCUCCUUAGAGUUUAGAGCAAUGCCUCGGACUGCUAACAGGGCUGCCCAUAGAGUGGCGCAGAAAGCCCUGCUUCUUUCUCCUCUUGAGUUAUGUUCUUUCGAUUUUGUUGGGUGGCUUCAUUGAUGUAAUAGGUUGGGAGGUGUUCGGGUAGUUUGUAUAGUUCUCUCUUUUGACAUUUCUUGGGAAAAAAAAAAAAAUGUAUUUGUUGAGAUUCUAAUAGUCCGUGAGUGCUUCAGUAAAAUCCCAAAUUUGGC